AUGCAUGACAAUAGCGUUGUGAUCAGUUAUUUUGAUCCAUUUGAUAAUUUUGAGAAUGUUAGAUCUGAGUUUAUGCAAUUGGUGCCAUUUCAGAAUGUACACUGGAAGGCAAGUAAUGGUAAUAUCAGAACAGUAGAUAGUUUACCAGUCGAUUUUGUUGUAGAAGGUUCUGGUGAUUCAAAAGUUGAUGUCCAUUCUUCCAAUUUACCAUUCAUUAGACUUUUGGUUGUUUCGUGUAAGUCUAUAGAUGAAUAUAGGGCUAAGGUGCGUCCGUUAGUUAAACAUUGGUUGUCUUCUACUGUUACCGAGGAUGGACACCAAAUGGCUUCCACGCCCAUGAUAUUCUUAUAUGCAAACACAGAAGUGGUUGAUUCAAAUUUGUUUAAGUCUGUGUCUUUGAUCGAUAAAUUCUCAAAGGAUUUCCCAACAACAAAAACUCUAGAAAUAAAAUCAGUUUACAAGUCACCAAAGGAGAGGGAGGAGUUUUGGCUGCAUUUUGCUAAUCAAUUGAGAAACUCUAUAUUAAACAAUUUCCAAGAAAGAUUAAAUGAAUAUGAUCGAAAACUAAAGGAUAAUAAAGAUUUUUUUGAAGGGCUGUUGUUGAGAGAGAAAUUAAUGGCUUUAUACUUGUCAUUUAAAAUAAAUGAAGAGGCCACUGUUCAGUUAAAUGAGAUCAGAAAGUCAGUAGUAAAGAAAGAUAAAGUCAACCUUCCAAAGGGUGAGCUAGAAAUACCAUCAGAAUCUGAGCCGUUUUACACUGCCGAUUCAAUUGUGGAUAUGUUAAAGAAUAGAACAAUAACUGAAUUUAAAUUAUACAGAUAUUUUUUUGUGCAAAAAUAUAAACUGAUAUUGACAAAUGCAAACAAGAACCAACAGUGCAUUGACAUUUUCAAGUUAAUUCGUGAAUUUAUCAAAUAUAUUGAUACAUCCUACAAUGACUACGAAGAUAAAUUGAAAUUUGACUACCAGUUUUUAUCUUCAGCCAUUAAAAUGUUACCAAAGGAUGAAACGUCUGACUCUUCUAUAUUUUAUGAAAUUAAUGCAGAAAUUCUAUUAUUAUCUAGGGAUAUAUGGUUACAUGGAGUUGCUCUUCAAUCAAAUAUGCAUAUUACUGGAAAAUCAUCAUGGGGGGAUGAACAAAUUAAAUAUAAAUUUGAUAUCACACAGGACACAUUUAGCAAUGAGGAAACGUUCCAAGAGAACUUUUUAAUAAAGACGAAGGAAAUUCUGACCUUUUAUAACAAGGCUUCUAUAACACGCCAAAGAAUUGUUGACAUAUUGUCAAUUGAGAUUGGUUGUUUACACUAUGAAAGGGGUGAAUUUGAAAAAGCAGUAGCUAUAUUUCUAUCUUGUUACGAAUAUUACACACAAACAAAUUGGAAUGCUAUUGGUUUAAACAUAUUAAAAAUAUUUGUGGAUUCUUUGAGCAGCUGUGAGCAUUUAUCGACUUUAACUAUUGAAGCUGAAGAUGUCCCUGUUACGACAGCAUUAGGAAAUGCAUAUUUAAACAUAAUUGAAUUAGUGGAUGAUUUAGAGGAGAAAAAAGAUUGGUGGAAAAAAUUUCUGGAGAUCCAAGAAAAAUACUCAACCGAUUUAGUGCAUUCUACAGACAACCUUUUCAACUUGGAAAUAAUUCCAAAUGUAAAGUUAUGUGAUGCAAAUGUAUAUGGCUGCGAUAUUAUUUUAUCGAAUAAAGGAUUUCCAGAGGAUAUUAAAGCAGAUUCAAUAAUAUUAACGUUAAAAAACAAUCAGGAUAUGUUUAUAUUAUUCACUCAAAACGAUAUAACCAUUACAAAGGAAUCAAAAUAUAUCAACCUAAAUUGUUCAAAUAUCAUAUAUGGAUCAUUUGAGGUUGUAUCUUUAGAAAUACUUUUUAAAGGUACUACUUUCAUAAAAGAAUUUGAUAACGAAAAUGGCUCCAUAAAUAUCAAUAUUGUGCAUAUGUAUUAUCAAUCCCAAGUUAAUGUUGAUAUCUGCCGGUCCAAAGAAUUAUCUUUAACAUCCAAUACUCUACAAUUAAUAUUAGACAAUUGUGAUGAAUUAGAUUUACUUGAAAUUGAAAUAUCUGUUGAGCAACUGAAUGAAAGAAUUCCAAUAAGUUUCUCAAAGGAUAAAACUUUAUCUAAAAUCUCAUUUACUAAAGAUAGUGUGGUUAAGAGUCUCGAUUACUAUUGCAAAUCUCAACUCAAAUCAUUUAACUUAAAAGUGCACUCAAAUUUCAAGAAGAAAAUUUCUGAUACUACGUAUAGUGAAACGAAAUUUGUGAAAAUAGAUGCGUACUUACCUGUAUCUGUUUCUGUCGAAGAAAUAUUCAAGAAGGAGUUUUUAUGCUUUAAGUUUCACUUGAAUUCAUCAUUGAAAGCAAACCCCGUUCUACUAUAUAGUUCAAGUUUAACAGCACCAAAAGAUAAAAGUUGUUUCUCAAUAUAUGGAGAUUUCAAACCAGAAACUCCAAUUACUUUAUCUGAUGAUAUAACAAAUAGUUGUAUGAACUGCUAUACUGUUAAAUCAAGUGAAAAAUUCAACGAGGAUGAUAUAUUCUCAUUAUGUGUGAAAUAUAUGUCGUGCAAAAAGCAACUAGAUACCUUAGUAACUGAAGCUAUUUUAGUUGAAGGCAAUAUAGAGUGGUUUGAAGAUUUUGAGAAAUGGAAGAUUUUCUGGAGAGAUGAUUUGUUACCAAUGUUAAAAUAUAAUUAUGAGGAAUUUGAAAAUAGUAAUAAAAUAAUUAUCGAGGAAGGUUGUUUCGAUAUUAAAAGUAUUGCAAGAUCCCUAAAGAUGUUAUCAAUGGAGUCUACUGUAAGUUCAAAAAUCUUAAAAUGUUUGAUGGAUCUCUCGGCAGGUAUCAUAAUGAAUCAAAUUGAUAUCAGAGCAUACACAAAAAAUAUAGAACCGGAUGAAUUUUUAGUACCUGUUGAAUUUCCAAGAUUUGAACACUUUUUCCAUAUUUCUUUUGAACCAAUAGAAAGUUUCAAGUAUUUAAAUGUUACAAAUCCUGUAAAAUUUAAACUCAAAGUUAAAAAUAUGAGUGAUCUCUGGAAUAAAGAACCAACCGAUGAAUGUUUUAAAAUUGCUAUUGUCAAUAAUAACAAAUGGUUAAUACAUGGCAAAAAGAGUACCAACAUAACUAGGCCUGAACUAGAAUUGGACUUAGUACUUAUACCACUAGAGAGAGGUUACUUAGAUUUGCCAAAAGUUGGUAUCACCAAUAAACAUGGUGAAAUGAUAAAAUUAGAUAAUGCAAAUUCAAAUGCUAUAUUCUUAGUUCUAUGA